AUGCCGAUCAUGAAGGGAGCGACGCUCAAGCACCCACCGGAGAAUGAUAAAGCCGCUUGUGGAGAGAGACCACCGGAGAAACAGAUGAUCGAGAUGAGAGGAGCAGAAACAGAAGCCGGACAGAGGAAGAAGACACAUGUUCAGUUCCGAGAUUUCUUUGGCGCACCGCACCGCGCCGUCGCACCGUACUCGAUCGUCCUUGUGCCUAAUUAUUUGCAUACCGGCGAGGGUCGAUGGCAGCGGCGGUUCGAUGCGUGGGGGAGGAGGCUUGGUGGAACGCUGGCGGCGGCCGCGGAGGGGCGACCCCAACUCGUGCCAAGCAGCAGGUUCUUCAGCGAGCAUGCUCACGAGAUCAAGCAGAAGAAGGAGGAGCUGUAUGAUGCCUUGUCCAAGGCGGGGAAGAUUCCCACCACUAUUCACCAGCGUCCCUCUGUACAAGCCAGUCAAGAAGUAGACGACCCUCUGCGUACUAGGCGUUACGCAAUGAGGAUUCGGGGUGUGUUUGACUUGGCUGCCAAGAUGACGUUAGGCUUUAUGCUGGUUGCUUAUGCGGUUAGUCCCAAACUGCCCACAGAAGAGGACACCACCAAUACUUGCCCACAAUGCGGCUUCAGAACAUCAACGACCAGAGAAGGCACCACCACUAAUUGAGAACCAAGGAUGAUGCUAUCUUUAAUUUGUGAUAUUGUGUGACAUGGCAUCAUGCAAUUAUAUCUCUUAUCUAUUAACUAAUUCAGUAGAAUAUACUACUCAAACAAAUUGCGCAAG